UCACAGGGCCGCGACGGGCGGGCGUUGCCAUGGAGGCGGCGGGGCCUGGUGGCGAGGAGGAGGAGGAGGAGGAGGAAGAAGAAGAAGACGAAUGGCUGCUGAGCUCCCUGCGCCUGUACGAGGCUCUCCACACCUUCGAGCUCCAGGCUCCCACCCGCGUCAUCGAAUGGGCCCUGGGGAACCGUGUCUGUGUGGCCGGGUACGGGUGCUCCGCCAGGAACGAGAUCCUGCAGCUGCUGCCCCCGCCGACGCUGCAGGCGAAGGAGACCCAGGGCCUGUGUCCGGAGAGGGACUUCAAGGUGGAACGUGGCGGGUUUUCCAGCCGCCCGGUGUACAGCCUGAAGCACGUGCCAGACACCAGCUUGCUGGUGACGAGCGGCCCCCCGGACAGCUCCCUCCACGUCUGGCAGGUGUCAGGAGAGGACUCGGAUGUUAUCAAAUCCGUAAGUGCCAUACCUGCAGAAAAUAGCACCGGGCAGGCGUGGGCUAAAAUUGCAACGAUUUCGACGAGAGCCCCGUGGGUCCUCCACGGCUCCAGGGUCGACGGCGUCCAGAUCACAGAGGUCGAAUCGCAGAAAAACGUCUACGUGGCAGCUUCCAGAAGCAGCGAGGAGCUCAGCAGCGUGGCGUUCCUGGACUGCAACACCUUGCUCCUGUGCUGCACGAAGGGGCAGCUGGGGCUGGCUGACGUCCGGCAGCCCCAGAGCCCCGUGGAGGCUGCCUCCAUCCCCUCGGCGCCGCGUGGCCAGCGGUGGUGCGCGGGGGUCGGGCGCGGACCUCCUGGCUCUGAUUUAAGCUCCCAGCCCGUAGCUUGCCUCUCGAGCGGAGGGCACCUCGUCCUAGCAGAUGUGAGGAAACCCUCCGAGCCCUUGGCCUCGGCCAAGUGCAGAGUUCCCUCUCCCAGCUCAGGAGCAGAGUUCCUGUGCGUCUCCUGGGCUCCUGCCCUGGAUGGCUGCCUUGCUGUUUCAGGCUUUGACGGGACCGUGCAGGUGUACGACACGCGGAGCUGGGACCCCUCCGGCAGGGAAGCCGAGCCGCUCUUCGUCCACAAAGGCCACGCGUUCGGCGGGCCGGGAGGCAGCGCGGGCCCUCCCCUGGUCACAGUGCACACGUGGCACCCGCAGAAGCCCAGAACGUUGCUGUCAGCGGCCAGCGAUGGCUCCCUGCACGUUUGGGACUGGGUUCAGUCCUGCGGGAGCUGUGGGUAGGUCACGCUUUGGGUGAGGUGUGCUGUGUUUCCUGCCUGCUGCCGCGGGCCGUGCGGUUAUCCGUUUGCCUGAAGCUACCGUUCUGAGACAGCGGUAGCUAACAGACUAUAAAGAACUGGUUUUUUAAUACAGCAA